CUGAGGUGGACGAACAGGAAUCACAGACCGGGUCGGAUUCUGCAUCAGAGGGGGGGUCACAAUAAGUUGUAAAUCUCAAACUGCAACCUGAGCUCACUGAGACCUGGAAGACCUCUGGUAUCUGGACUUUAAAAUACUGGAUCGAUGACACUGUUCACUUAUUUAGGCAGCGAUUUUUAACAAUAACUUGUAAGGAAAGUUUCCUCUGCACUUUGUUACCGGACAAAGGAUAACAACACCGACCAGUCGGCUGUAUGUACUAACGAUUAUUACUACUAAAUACGCCUGGAUUGCAUGUUUAAUUCGUGCAUUUCGAAUUGAAUAGGCUGGUUUCAGCUGUGUGAGUUGCUCUUGGCUCCUUCGUUAUAUUAGAAAUAUAUUUUCAUAGGAAGCCUGUAAGUGCAGCAGGUCGCCGGUAAUAGGGAACGAUUUAGCAGAGCAUUGAUCAGUGUGCUAAGCCAACAGCACACUUCCCCCUCCGCCUGACCGAUCCGGUUAAAUUUAGUUCACUCAGGAAAAUGAUGCGAAUGCCAAAAGGCGUCUCUCCGGCAUCUUGUCGGCCAGCAGUGGGUCUGUCUUGCCCUCAGCAGAAGGUAAAGGUUUUGUCCAAGGCAGAGUUGCUCGGCACCGUACUGUCCAGCCCGCCGAUGAACACGGUACCGGUUGGCUAUUUCACCCAGAUCUGCAACACCACCGCGGCCGAACAAAGAGCCAACAGCCUGUAUUCAACCCCCCACGGACCAGAGGCUAAACCCAUCAGAUCAUCCUCCGGGCGAUUGCCGGCUAAAAGGAAGCUGGAUCUAGAGGACCCUCUUUAUCUCCCAGAGUUCCGCACGCCAAAAGGCAAAGGCAUCAUCACAACCAGGGUACCAAGUCCAAGGACUCCAAAGUCUCCAGGUGAGCGGACGCGCUACGACACCUCCUUGGGCCUGCUGACUAAGAAAUUUGUGGGUCUGAUUGCUGAGUCUCCUGAUGGAGUUCUUGACCUGAACUGGGCCACCGAGGUUCUGGAGGUCCAGAAGAGACGCAUCUAUGACAUCACCAACGUCCUCGAGGGAGUCCAGCUGAUCAGAAAAAAAUCAAAGAAUAACAUCCAAUGGCUGGUUGGAGAUGUAUUCGAGGGCGGUGCAGGUGGAGGAGAGAAGGCUUGUGCCCUGAGGAAAGAGCUGGGAGACCUGGAGCGAGCAGAGAGAUCUCUGGAUGAACUGAUUCACUCCAGCACCACACAGCUCAAACAACUCACUGAAUAUAAAGACAAUCAGAGGUUUGGCUAUGUGACAUACCAGGACAUCCGCUCCAUCGGCAGUCUCCGAGACCAGACAGUCAUUGCCGUCAAGGCCCCAGCUGAGACCAAGCUGGAGGUGCCAGACACAGCGGGGCAGGGGUCAUUACAGAUCUAUUUAAAGAGUAAGAACGGCCCCAUUGAAGUCUACCUGUGUCCAGAGGAGGGUCUUGAAGAUGCUAGCCCAGUGAAGAGCGCUGUCACCCCUAAAAAGGAGUUCCCUCAGCCCCUCUGCCCUCCAACUGUAACACCAGUGGCACCACCAAGUUACACCAUCAAAGAGGAGCCUGUCGAAUGCGCCAUGUCUACAGCAGCUCCAGCCACCUCCUCAGCUGCAGCCUCCAGUUCCUCUCUGCUGGACGUAGAGGGCCUGUUGGGUUUGCCCCCGAGCCUGCUGCAGAUCACAGAGGACCAGCUUCCUGGCACCUCAUUCACCCCAGAUCCCAACACACCCUUUGUCAGUUUCUCUCCACCCUUGGACCACAACGAUUACCUCUGGAGCCUGGAGGAUGGCGAGGGAGUGUCAGAUUUCUUCGACACCUAUGAUCUUGGAGAUUUGUUGUCCAGCUGAGGUCCAGAUGAAGGAGGUGGGGGAAAAAAUUUAAGAGGAAGAGGGGGAAAUAUUGAAUUGAAUGCCUUCUCGAAGUAGGAAAUAUUACACUAUGAAGCCAUCACUCUUUGUUUUUGCCAUGCCUGUUUUAAUGUCAAUGAUUCCAAAAGGGUGGUUUACCCCCUUUAAUUAAUUUUAAUAAAGUAAAAAUAACAAUUGUAAAUAUAAUUGUAAAAAAAAAAAAUGCCCAGACAGGGAGGAUGGGUAAGACUGAGAUCAACACUGAUUGGUGUAACCUCCAACCAUACGGAAACACUGUUUAAAAAGCAGGGAUUGUUUUGGACUUUCUGUCACAUUUUCAGAUUGUGCUACGAAGAUAAACAUUUGUAACGUCAUACAAACACAGGAGUUAUUAUGCAUAUCACAGCAACAGCGAAAGACCUGAUAACAUUUGGGUAUCAGGCGGUGUUUACGGUGUGACAUCUCAGGAACUUUUAUUUUUUCUUUUUCUUCCUUGUUUCCAAAGUCUAAAUGUUUGUGCCAGUCUUUGGCCCGUAGGGGGCAGCCUUGUAUUAUGUCAGCUUUAACUGCCGUGCAGCUUUACAGGAUUCAAUCACUGGAUGUGAGAAAGCUAAAGCCAUGAAGAACCAUUCACAGGGUGUUUUUGUAGGAGUCCUAGUGUCUUCAACACGGACCAAAUGAAGCUGUGAAUCACUUGUUUAACACCAGCCUUGUAGAUCCGCUUGCAUCUACAGCUUGAACAUGCAGUAUCGUGUGAAAUCUGAGCAUAGAAAUUAGACAUACAACUGAUUUUGAAAGUGCUGAUGUUGCGUCUGUCUAAUCAAGUUUGCUCUUUCCUGCCUUAAGCUUUACGUCAGGCCUUGUACCUGUUUGGUGCUGCGCUGUGUGCCAAUCUAUGCAGGUUGAGACACCCGAUACUGGACCCACAGCCAGAGUUAAGUGACCGAUAAUGGUGGCAGAACAAGAGGAUCACACGCUCUGUCUUGUAGGUUUAGCAGCUUUGGUUUCAAAUCCAGUUUUCUCCCCAAUUGAUAGCGGAAUUUUAAUUGAUGAUUUUCUUUUAUUUGCUUGUGUAAAACUACUAUUGUAUUUCUGAGGAAAUAACCCAAAAGAAUGAAAUCCAACAUCUGUGUUGCAGGUGUGGUGGAAGGUCAGUUAAUUAAUGUAAUUAAGGUUUAAUAAGAGGAACGUUUUCUUUUUCCUCUGCUUGUUCUGAAAUGAAUGAAGUCUGUUGAUUAAACAGCAAAAGAAACAAUGAGGAUUUGAUCUUAACUGUUCAGAAUUUAGGCCCAUGAAUGCUCUCCCUCAUGUUAUGGUGCAACCCUUUUUUCAAUGUCAGAGACGUGCACCUGAGAUCAGAGCGGUUGCAACUUUUAUCUGUUAAAGUUUUUUUUUUU